CUGGGCUGUCUCGUUUCACUUUAUGUUUGUCUCGCGUGCUGUUAAGACAGGAAUAUAGACUUGCAACGAAAGUUUCAUUUGAAAUAACAUCUUUUCUUUUUAAAAUGAAUCAGUUACAUGCAUGGUGUUUUGGUGUUUUGACUGUUUUCGUUACGGUUGCAAGUGUAUCAGCCUUAGAGUGUUACACUUGUCUUUCAUGCAGCGAUCCUUUUGACACGAGUACGGCUAAAACAACAACUUGCGAUGGAUCCUGUCUGAAAACAAAGAUACAAGACACUGUGACUAGGGCUUGCUCACCAAAGAGCUUUGGAAACAGUUGUGAAGAUAAUAAUGCCAACGUAAAGGUGUGUUCGUGCACCACAGACCUAUGCAACAGUGCGUCUGGAAUGAGCUUUCCCUUCUUCGGCUUUCUUCUGUCUGUUGUCGCCAGGGCUUUGUGGAUGAAAUAAGAAGAACAAAAAAAGAAUUUUUAUAUUUAUCUUAGACUUUGUAGAUAACUUUAAAGUUGGUUAAUCGGAAUAAAGUCAUGUCUUAAACAUGUUCGAACAAUCUACGACUAAUCAUUGAUGAUACUCAGUCAUAGGCACUGAGUAUUGUCUAAUAUGGUCGUCCUACCAUUGCCCAACCAAGAUAGAGCUUUGGGUCAUAAACUAAAUUCUUUAAACGUCCAUUGCAUUCAAAAAGAACAAUAGUAUUACAUUUGUCAAAUAUUUGCAGGUAGCUAAAAGGAAAUUUAACACUUUGAACCUACUAGUUCAUAUUGUUGAAAUAAACUAUUAGCUAUCAAACUGGUAUAUUGAUUGAAUGAGAAAAACAAAAUUCUAUUUAAAUCAAAUGAAAAGAAAAACGUCAGAUAAGGAAACUAAAAAAUGCCAUUAAAUGUUACGAUUGACCAGCUUUAAUGUUUAUUUUUCUCCUCAAGAAUAGUUCAUUCUGUAAUAAAUAAUAUUUUUUUCUUCGAUUAUGUUACAACAUUUACGGAUGACACUUCAAAUAGUUUUGCAGUCCCUUUGCUUAUUAUUUGUUUCAUGUGCUUAAUUAUGACUGAUAUUUGUUUGAUUUGUUUGUCGCAAAAUAUCUCAUUGGAUAAUGAUAUGUUUUUGUCAGUUAUAUUUGGCGUUAGAUGAAAUUUAUUGUAAAUUACAUCUUACCUUCUUAUACCCAUUCCAUAAUAAUAUGAUCCAGUCCUAGUAAAUUUAAUCAUUUUCAUUUACUAAUUUUUUGGUCAUAUUUAUGUAUGGACGUCGCCAUUUCCUAUCCUUCAACUGAUAUUAAGAUAAUAUUAAGCAUUUUCUCAUUGUUUAGUAUUUUUCUUUUGCCUGUUUCCAUUGAUUACCGUAAUUGGCCAAGAACAUCUUUGUUAAUUUAUUAAUUAGGCAAUCGAUAGUUUUCUUAUAAUUACAAAAAAACUCAGUUAUUUAUCAGUUAAUUAAGCCUUGUGUAUUAAUCCAUUUUAAUAAACCAAUUACCAUUUAAAUUAAUGCUGCUUCCAUUUUUACUUUUAAUUACGUUAAUAAAAAAAAAUGCUUAUUUUGGUUUGAAUAAGAAGUUAUGUACCAAAUAUAUCAAUGCAUUUCCAUAUAUUAAUAUAUCAGAUAUUCUAUAACAGUGAUUUUCUUUUGAAUAAAAUCAUUGUCGUUCAGAUGCGUAUUACUAUAUCACUCAGACUGCGAAUCUGAACUCUAAACACUGACAACGACAAAUUACUAUUUGUGAUACCUAUUUCUCAAAUAAAAUAUUAAAGUAUA